UGUUCAUUUGGUUGCACUACAGAUGACUAAUCAUCUCGACUACCAAUAAGUAUAUAGCCAUUCAUACUCAUGUAGAUAUUCAAGCAACAAUUAGGAAGUGGUUUGCAAAAAAAAAAAAAGGCUGAAGCCUGGUUAUGAUAAUAAGAUCUGAAGCUAAUACAGUAGUUCGGCUGAAGUCUUGCAAAGGGUGGAGUAGAAGCCCAGAAGAGGCGGUGGCGACGCGCAAGUGCUCUAUCGGACUUAAGAAUUGCCGCCAUGGCCGCAUUUGCAGCAAUCUUGUCCUGGCUGCAUUGGUGCAGCUUGUGGAUGCUGCUUGGGGCCGCUUCCACUGCUUCCUCUUGGGCCAUCAUCGCGGAUGAGAACACCGGCAAUGAAAGAAGAUCUGUACAAGGCCGCGAUGCAAAAGGGAAUCAGCCUGAUGAGAAGCAUCAAUCUCACGAUUCCUCAUAUGGCACUUUCGCCAGCGAGUUUUACGAUACGCGCUUCCUCUCCGACGAGGGUUAUCCAUUUCCUACUGCUCCUCCAGUAGAUCCAUUUGCAAAAAUUCGAGCGGAUGAUUGUGGAAAAACAAAAGGAUGCUUUAGGUAUGGUAAACCUGGAUGCGCUGCAGAUACAUGCGACUAUUUUCUCAGUUACCGCAGAAUAGGAGCUGACAUAGAGUUUGAAUUGAGUGCUGAAGCUGAUGGCUGGGUAGCUGUAGGAUUUUCUUCAGAUAAGAAAAUGGGUGGAGAUGAUGUUAUGGCCUGUGUUCAUGAUGAUAAUGGAAGAGUCAGAAUACAUCACUUCUACAAUGUUGGUCAGUGGGCAAAAGAAAUCCAAAGAAACCCUGCCAGAGAUGAAGAAGGUAUUUUUGAAAAUAAUCGUGUCACAUGUCGAUUUAAGCGCCCAGUGAAGGUUCCCAGGGAUGAAACUAUCGUAGAUCUCCAUCUGAGUUGGUACUAUUUAUUUGCUUGGGGCCCAGCAAUUCAGGGUUCUAUAACUCGGCAUGAUAUAGAUUCUCCACCAGUUUCGGAGCAUGUGGCCCCUCUGAACCUCUCCUCCUUACCAGCCAGUGAGGAAAAGGGGGGGGGGAGAUGCAGCCUCCAGGAUCUGUGUGAGGAGCUGUUGAAUGAUCAUGUCCAAUGAAGCCAAAUUUAUGUUAUCUUUCCUGGAUUUAACACCUAGAAAUCUGCCGGUCUGAAUCGCCUGGAAGAACUGCGGGGUGGGGACUACUUAGGGACACUUUAAAACAUCGAUUUGUAAGGGAAUCCUUCAGAUCCUGUCUAUCAUGCCUGCUAUCAAUUUCUCUUAAUAAAAGUUCCUGUUGGAAAAGACUGUUUCCAAGAGUUCUGCUUUCUUAAGAUGUGGAUUGAAGUGAUUCCUUACAGUAAUUAUCUGUAUAGCUGAAUGCUGUUCUGCCUGUCCCAGAGAGGUCUGCGCUCACCUUAAAGGAGCAGGUUUGCAGUUUGGGAAUGCUCCUACAAUAUAUCCAUCCUUGUUACUAUAAAUCCAAGUAACAAGAUGUUAUUCACAACUGUGAUUAUACCUUACAAGGUAGACCAAGAAGCAGAUGCCAUAUUGAAUACAAUGACAGAAUCUUGCAGGCCUAAUAAGCUUUUCUCUCUUUUUCUUCAUGUGAAUGACUGUUUGAAUAUUUUCAGACCCAUAACCCGUUUUUUUUUUGUAAUGUUUACCUAUUUAUUGCCUAAUAACAGAUUUUCCCUCUCUCCAUCAAGAUCAUUGUCUUUACUCUCUACACUUGGACAGAGACACCCUUGCAGCAGUUUAUUUAUGUUGCAAUAAUUUCCUAGUCAGUUUAUUGCAAUAUACUGUAUGUGGGGCAACCUUUGAAAAUGGUGUGGAAACUUCAGUUAAUUCAAAACAGAGGCAGCUAGACUGCUCACUGGAACUGACAUAUACCAAUAUAUUAUGCCAGUACUUUGCCAUCUUUCCACCCAUUGGGUGCAAGUCAGUUUCUGUAUCGAAUUCAAAGUGCUAGUUUAAUAAAUCUAAUAUUUCUCAAGAAUAUCUUAAAACAGAGAGUGAUAAUUGAUUUUAAUUUGCUAUGACUCAAUAUUUUUUUCAAGAAUACUAAACACAAUUAUAGAACCACUAUUUCCUGACUUAUGAUCUAUCUAAAAUGAAAAUCUUAUAGGAUGAAUAUUUUUGAUAACCCUUUCACAGUCGAAGAAACAACCUGUA